AACAUGACGAACAGUGGGCAAUUUCUUACACCUCGUCGUCUUUCAAUCCACACGCAUCCUCGGGCCUCCUUUUCCAUCCUCCUGCUGUAGUUCCAUCUAAUGAGGAAUUAGGAACGGGAGAUCCCGGAAAGCAGAAUAUUUUGACCACUACAACUAAUACAACUCCUGCUUCAUCCACUGCGUGGUCAGCGAUCACCUCCACUAUUAAGGGUUGGAAGUUGACAUCUCUAACUCUGUGCGCAUCUUUAUGGAUUCUUCAAGUAGGAAAGCCAUAGAUAUGCGAGCUAGAGACGCGGCCAACUUUCAACCCCUAACACUAGUCCCAGAC